AAUGAAUCAUCGAAUAAACCUUUGAUUCCACCCUAGAACCCCUCCGACCCCUGACUAUUUGCAAUCCUCCCUGUAAAUAUUCUAAAACCGGAGAGACACUGCGAAAACAUGUCGCCAACCAUCACAUGGACGUCAUUGUAACUGUUGGAUCGUUCCGAGCCCACGCUGUUCCUGAGUUUCAUGGAGACAAGCCCGUGUUGCGGUGCUUGAAGUGUCAAGAUUUUUGUGCGAACAAGGAUUCAUUUUUGAAGCUGCACUUGUAUUCGAUGAAGUGCAUCUGGUUUGCCACUGAAGAGGGUUUAAUCGAAGUUGCAGCCCUAACUCAGGACGAAAAAUUUGGUCCCGCUGCUUCUGCUUUUCUGAAGAGGUCUCCUGCUGUUGUCGGCGAUGGAUCUUUCAGUUCCUCAGUUUCAUCUGAAGAUAGUCGCACAGCACGCGACGUUGCUGAACUCAUUGAAGUUGCAGACGAUCCUCCGAUGUCGCAAGUCAGCGAAAUAUCUGUCUUUUUGCCCUCUUAUGAAAGCCUAGGUCCCUCUGAUAAAAGGCCUUCCUCUCCGGGUUUGCUGUCAAGUGCAACAAAGCUCUUGAACGCAUCUACUGAGGUGCUGAUUUCUCGCGUUGAAGAUGGAAUUGUUAGCCUUGAUAUCAAGUUGAAUUUGUCAGCUCAAGACCUUGGCGUACGAGAUCGUCCUUCUCAAAUCGAGCCUGCUGAGGGUCUGUUGUCGCUUUUGGCCGAUUCGCCUUAUGAGGGAGUGCUAUCUCGGUCAAGUUGGAUUGAGUUUCCAAGAUGUCAGCGCCUUCCGGGAGAUUGGGACAACUUAAUUUCUGGCUGUUGGCUUAAAAACCCACUCCUGAAUUAUGCUACCGCUGUUUUGUUUGCUGGUUGUGUACUUUACAAUCCGCGAAAUAGGAACGCAGUACUCUGUUUGGUUGCCGAAUCGUAUGGCCGAGGUCUUGAUGUUGACGUUCACGCUGAAAAGCCUAUUUCCAUUGGCCAAGGCGUCUCCUCCAUUUCCCAGCCUUCAGCUUCCGGGUUGUACCCCCAUGCUACCGUAUGUCAGAUUCAGCACGACAAGAAGGACCAUCGUCUUGUUGUUGGAUGCAAGAUCUUCAACAUCCUUGCCACUGAAGUCUGGCGAUUGGACAAGGAUUGUUCCUCUGACCGCGCGUUUACUGCCGGUUCUUGUUGCAGCGCCUUUCCUAUCCCUGGUAGCGAGAACAUCAUAAUUUUUGUUGAUAGGCGUUCUUUCGACCUAGCGUCCGACGUUGUCUCUGGCACACACAUACCGCGGUUCGAAAUCGACCUCCUCCGGCAGAUCCGAUCUAAUCUCUGUUCGGAACACUCCUACCGAAUGGGUCGAGCCUCCUCUUACUUUAUCACUAAUAUGGUGUCUGCUCAAUCGGCGUCGAUUUUUACGCUGACUAUGGUCUGUCCGUCGUCUGGAGAUGCUUCUUUGGUGUCGUCGCUUCUGAGCCGUAUCGCCAAGGAAGUGAAUGCAAAAGGAGAUGACGCUGUUUUGGAGAAGAAGGUGCUGUUGAAGAUCCUACAAAAGGUGAAGAGUGGUCAGUCCUGCGACGUACUCCUCCGGAAAAUAUUGAGUUUAAUCGAAAACAAGCUCGAGAUCAGCAUUCUUGGUGUGGACAGACCUUCUGGCCUGGAAGAGUUGAUGGGUGAGCUAGCGGGUUGCGUCUCAGCCGCCGUGUACCGCUGUAAUGAAAAGGUGGUGGUCCCACAACUGAAAAAGGAGAUGCCCCGGCUCUUGUGUUAGAGUCUGAUGCCGAGGAAUGUUUUUUAAGUUCAUGCUUCUUAAAAUAAAAAAAAAUCUGUCACCGUUUUUGGAAGUUCUUUGCGCUGCGUGGAAAAUGCGAC